UUUGCCUUCAGGAGGGUUUCACAGUCGAAGUGUAAUUCAUGCAAUUUUCCUGCAAAAGCUCCCCUUCCUGAUAAGAAAUCUUAACACACUCUGGCCAAAAGCUCAGUUGAAAUCCAAAUCAAAGCCGACCCAAGUUAGACCCGAUGUCUGCUCAAUUGACACCAUCGAAGAGACCGAAUGAAACAGAGGCAAACGGUAGAGGGAAAUGGCGAAAAUCUGGAAAUUUUAGUUCACCAAAUUCUUCAGUAAAUGGGACUAUGUUGCGGGUGCUUUGCCCUAGUAACAAAAUUGGUAGUGUUAUUGGAAAAGGGGGCAGCAUUAUAUCCCAAUUGCGCGAAGAAGCCGGUGCGAAAAUUCGAGUUGAGGAGCCAGUUCCGGGAUGGGAUGAGAGAGUAAUUGUUAUUGCAAGCCCAGAUAAAGGAAAGGAAAAUGGAGGAGCUACUGCUGAAGAGCAGCAGCACCAGGGGAGCAAGGAGGAGGAUAAUGAUGAAAAUGGGGAGUCUGAUAGAAAGGAUGAUGGUGGGGAGGAGAAUAAGAAUGAUGAUGAGAAGGAGGCUAGUCCUGUUGAAGAAGUUCGAGGAGGAGGAGGAGAAGAGGAUAAGGAAACCGCUUCUGCGGUGCAGAAAGCGUUGUUUCUUGUUGUUGAAAGAAUGUUUGAAGGGGAUUCGGAGGAGAAGGACGGAGCAGGGGAGGAUGAGGGCGAUAAAGAUACCUCUUUUGUUGUGAGGUUACUUGUUUUUUCCAGUCAGAUUGGUGGUUUGUUAGGGAAAGCUGGUAGUGUAAUUAAGCAGAUGGCUUUGGAAAGUGGAGCCCAGAUUCGGAUUCUUCCCAGAGAUAAACUGCCUCCUCCUGCAUCUCCUUCUGAUGAACUGGUUCAGAUUUCUGGGGUGCCAGAUGCUGUUAGAAAAGCUCUUACUUCUGUUUCUCAACAACUACUUGGGAAUCCCCCUCGGGACCAACGUUCUCAAUCCUCUGGACCAUCAUCCCAUUCACUUGGCCGUCCUUACAGACAGGAACCCUUUGUACAAUCAAACCAUGCUUUCCAUGGGCAAGGGAUGCCUUAUUCUGCUGGAUAUCGUGAUGCUGAAGGCAGUUUUCCUGAUCGUAUGUAUCCUUCUCAGGACAUAUUAGCAUUCCGUUUAUGGUGUCCUCAUGACAAGAUUGGAGGUGUAAUUGGAAAGGGGGGAACUGUAGUCAGGGCAAUUCAAAAUGAGACUGGCUGUGAGAUUAAAGUUCUUGAUGCUGCAGCCGACUCGGAGGAUCGCAUAAUUGUAAUAUCUGGUCCAGCGCACCCAGAUGAAAGGAUAUCUGCACCUCAAGAUGCAGUGCUUCGUGUGCAGUCCAGAAUAUUUAGGUCAUCAUCUGAAAGUCAAGAAAAAAAUGUGACAGCUAAACUUCUUGUCUCCUCAAAUCAAAUCGGAUGCCUCCUUGGCAAAGGAGGAUCCAUUAUUGCUGAAAUGAGGAAGUCUAGUGGAGCUUAUAUCCGUAUCCUGGGGAAGGAUCAAAACCCUCAAGGUGCUUUAGAAAAUGAAGAAGUAGUUCAGGUAAAUGGAGAGCUUGAAACGGUGCACGAGGCCCUUUUGCAGAUAACUUCAAGGUUACGGGAACACUUCUUCCGAGAUGCAUUUCCUUCUAUGAACUAUCCUUCAAAUCCUGCUUUUCUUGACCAAGUACCUCCAUUUCCACCAUAUUUGGGAAGGGGAGAACAUUCACCUCCAGGGAUGUAUCCGAAUCUAGGUCCAUCGUUUCGCAAGUUUGAUUCUGUUGGUGGCCUGCCUCCUCCAGGAGGUUUUCAUCCACUUGAUGAGCGACCACCUUUUAUGCAAAAUUUCCACAGACCAGGAUUCCCACCUCAUAUGUCUGAAAGAUUUCCACCUUCAGCAGCAUGGGGGCCUCAGGGGCCAAUAGAAGCCGGUGGUCCAAUGGGCUUGCCUGACUAUGCAGGACCUCCUCCUAGGAGGAUUGGUGGAUUUGGAGGAGGAAAUCAUGCCGCUAUUAUCACAAGCACUACCGUGGAAGUUGUGGUUCCGCGUUCUGUUGUUCCUGCAAUCUAUGGUGAGGAUGGUGGAUGUCUGAGACAGAUACGUCAGAUUUCUGAUGCAAAAAUUACUAUUACUGAUUCUAAACCCGGGGCAACAGAAACUGUGAUCAUAAUAUCUGGAACACCAGAACAGACUAAUGCUGCACAGAGUCUUAUUCAAGCAUUUGUAAUCAGUGAGACAGAUGCCACUUGAUUUUUGAUAUUAAGGGAGAUCGAUGUACUUUCUUCUGUUUCCAUCUGUGACCCCAAGUGAAGAUUGUAUUGACAGACAGAUGAUGGCCUCUGCUGACAGCAGGAUGCACUUGAAUUUUUGCUUGAGUCAUUUUCUACCUUGCUGAUCAAUUUUUCUACCUUGCAAGAUGCACUUGACUUUUUGCUUGAGCCAUGUUUGACAGCAAGAUGCACUUGACUUUUUCACUCCUGGAAAGCGUGGUGUUCGGUAAACAUAGCAGUCAAACAGUACUUCUGGUGGUUAUCAAAUGUUAGAAAAGGGAAAAAAGGAAAAUUAUGUUAACUGGGAUAUGCUUGGAUUGGAUGAUUAACUUUAGGGAGUGAAAUUAGAUUUUUUUUUGUUUGUUUGUUUAAGUUUAUCUCUUUAAGCUUUGAUGGCUUUGCAUAAUGUAUCUGUGAUUAAUACUAUUAGCUCAGGGGAAAAAAAGAAUUAGAAUGGUCAUUUUUAUUAGAAUUUCAAGUGGUUUGAGUUGACAUU